AUGCUCGACAUUCCGUCAUCUUUCAUUGCAUCUUCCAGCUUUUCGUCCCUGGAAGCCAAAGAUAUUCUUCGACUACACAGUCUUAUUCAAACUCGAUGGCAUGAGAAACGGAUUCAGCGACGCAUGCACCAGCGACCGCACACACCCAUUCUCGCUAUUGGCAUAUCCAAUCCACAGCAUUUACAACGCGCCAUGGAAAUGAAGAUUCCCGUUAUUCAUAUUGACCGUCACUGUCUCGCACUGAAACGAGUACAACAACGCUAUUACCGGUUUUUCUAUUGGAAGAAUCAAUGCACUUGUUUCCUCCUCCUUGCAUUGACCAGUCUGGUCGGCCCCGGUCAACGGGCUCUCAAAUAUGGGAUGAAGCUUCUCAACCGAUACGAAGGUAUAUCCAAGCAUCAUGUGAUACGCGGGUAUGUGGUUGGAACGAGUUUCCUUGUAUCACUGAUCUAUAUGAGAUGGAUGCGAAGGCAGUACCAUGUUAUCGAAAUAGAAGAUGAGUUAUUCCUGCUACGGGAUGAUGUGAUGCGCGGACCCUUGCGGUUCAUGGUCAGCAACUGGUUUCUUUACUGCUGGACACCGGUCAAUGUCAUCCGUUACGUUUCAAAAAGCGUGAUUCAAGCGAAAUAGAAAAAACUUUGUUUUGUAUGCAAAAACUAUCGUGACCAAGAAAAAUGAUUACCAAAUGAGGAGCACAAGAACUGGAGAAAAAAUUUACGUUUGGAAAACCUCACGUGGUCGGUAAGGCCGAGGCGGGAAUUGAAGCUGAGAAUGAAUGUGUAUAUUCCCAAUGGGAGAUCCGUGGCCUUCAGAUGGCCAUGUUUCUCAAUUAAAGUGUUCAGGGUAGAGUGGCCAUCACCAAGGAGAGCGGAAAAUAGAAAAAACACCAUUCGAGGGUCGACCGAUUUUUUUUCCAUCAAGGAAAACAGAACCCUUUCCCUCUACCAAAUUAAACACGCUAUAGCGGGACCGUAUUUCCUCUUUUUUCUUUUUUCUUUUUCGUUACGUGUUCUUCUUU